CUGUGCGCUCUCGCUGAGGGCUCUACACGGGACUGUCCAAGAGGGAAGUCGGCUCUCAGCUCUGUCUUGAUCUUGUCAAAGGCACCCUCCAGCCAUCCAGCUCUUGGUGGGGAAACUGAGACAAAGAGAGAUGACAACUUGGGACCAGGGUCUUGGCUCUCUAGUCUGGGUCACUGCACCCUCCUUGCAGCCUUGGCGACCCCAGAGCAGGUGAGAGGAACUCUGGCCACCUCCUCCUUCAGUGGGGCCAAGCCUGAACCCGGGCGUCGGGGGAGAGGGUGUGUGUGCGCUGGGAGGAGGGGGCGCGGCUGCACUCCCGGGGUCAAGGCGGGGGGUGCGAGGAGUGGGGUGGGGAUGCCCCGGGCUCGGGGAGGGGCCGCAGCUCUGUCUGCCGCGGCACAGCCGCCCGUGAGCUCGGCGCGAGUAGAGUCAGAGCCCCCAGUUCUUUGCUCGCCCGCUCGCUUGCUUCUGGAUCGCUCCCUCCCUUCCUCCCUCCCUUCCUCCCGGCGGCCGCGGCGGCGCUGGGGAAGCGGCGAAGAGGAGUGGCCCUGCCCUGGAAGAAUGCGGCUCUGCCGAGGGGGCAGAACCCGACGCAGUCUCCCCACGGUUUGAGCAGCCCGAGCCAAGCCCAGGCGACCCAACCCCGCCGGUGGCGGACCCCGCAGCGGAGCAGCUGGAGGCCCUGAUUGAUCUGCCCACCGGAGCCUUCGGGCCCGGGCUUCGACAUGCUGGAGGAGCCCCGGCCGCGGCCUCCGCCCUCGGGCCUCGUGGGUCUCCUGUUCCUGGCGUUGUGCAGUCGGGCCCUAAGCAAUGAGAUUCUGGGCCUGAAGCUGCCCGGUGAGCCGCCGCUGACCGCCAACACCGUGUGCUUGACGCUGUCCGGCCUGAGCAAGCGGCAGCUGGGCUUGUGCCUGCGCAGCCCCGACGUGACGGCGUCCGCGCUUCAGGGCCUGCACAUCGCGGUCCACGAGUGUCAGCACCAGCUGCGCGACCAGCGCUGGAACUGCUCGGCGCUCGAGGGCGGCGGCCGCCUGCCGCACCACAGCGCCAUCCUCAAGCGCGGUUUCCGUGAGAGUGCUUUUUCCUUCUCCAUGCUGGCUGCUGGGGUCAUGCAUGCAGUAGCCACGGCCUGCAGCCUGGGCAAGCUGGUGAGCUGUGGCUGCGACUGGAAGGGCAGUGGUGAGCAGGACCGGCUGAGGGCCAAGCUGCUUCAGCUGCAGGCACUUUCCCGGGGCAAGAGUUUCCCCCACUCCCUGCCCAGCCCAGGCCCUGGCUCAGGCCCCAGCCCUGGCCCCCAGGACACAUGGGAAUGGGGUGGCUGUAACCAUGACAUGGACUUUGGAGAGAAGUUCUCUCGGGAUUUCUUGGAUUCCAGGGAAGCUCCCCGGGAUAUCCAGGCACGAAUGAGAAUCCACAACAACAGGGUGGGGCGCCAGGUGGUAACUGAAAACCUGAAGCGGAAAUGCAAGUGCCAUGGCACGUCAGGCAGCUGCCAGUUCAAGACAUGUUGGAGGGCCGCCCCAGAGUUCCGGGCAGUGGGGGCAGCGUUGAGAGAGCGGCUGGGCCGGGCCAUCUUCAUCGAUACCCACAACCGCAACUCUGGAGCCUUCCAACCUCGCCUGCGUCCCCGUCGCCUCUCAGGAGAGCUGGUCUACUUUGAGAAGUCUCCUGACUUCUGUGAGCGAGACCCCACUGUGGGCUCCCCAGGCACACGGGGCCGGGCCUGCAACAAGACCAGCCGCCUGCUGGAUGGCUGUGGCAGCCUGUGCUGUGGCCGAGGGCACAAUGUGCUCCGGCAGACACGAGUUGAGCGCUGUCAUUGCCGCUUCCACUGGUGCUGCUACGUGCUGUGUGAUGAGUGCAAAGUCACAGAGUGGGUCAACGUGUGUAAGUGAGGGUCAGCUGGGGAAGGGGAGGGGCACCUUUUCAGCCUUUUGCUCUGAUUUCUGUCCAGGGUCAAUCUUGGCCCCCGGAAGCUCAAAGUAUCUACCUGGAAACAGCUUUAGGGGUGGUGGGGGUCAGGUGGAGUCUGUGAUGUGCCGCCUUCACCCCCACAGUAGGAGGACCUUGGAGGGAAGCUGCCUUCCCUCUUCUGCUCCUUAAACACCUGAAUAGGCUAAGAUGAAAUGCACUGUGUUGUCCCCCUCUCCCCAACCCUGGGGUCCCUUUAACUCUGAUUCAUACUCCUUUUGGCUGAGGAGUCCCUAGAGUUUGACCACUCCUCUCCUUAGAGGCAUAGCUCCAGACAUUGUGUGGAGCCAUAAGACCUGUAUCUAGAAAGAGGCCACUCACUCCAUGGCUAUUUCCAAACUCCCUCUGCUGCAGCCUGGGCACCACCUUGUGGGGUAAUGGGAGACAGUGGUAGAGAGGUUUUUCUUGGGGAAGGCACAGUGCUGGGGGGGGGGGUGCUCUCCCCUGAGUCCCCAAAGAGUCAUCUGUCCAGGCCCUUAGGGAAGCUGUCGCCACUAAUUCAGAUGUUAAAGGGGACCCUCCAAAGGAAGAGUUUUCCCUAAGACUCUCUGAGCCUCUUUUUCUUUCCUCGGCAGGAGGGGUGUGAAUGGAUAAUUUAUUGUACUGAGACUUGUUCUUGGUUCCUGUUUGUAACUAAAUAAAUUAAGCUACUGGA